CGCUUGAGACAGAGCGCCGCUACCCGCUACGCAGCGGAGGUAAAAGUUCGCAAGAAAGAGCGACGAGAAAAGUUUGUCUAACUAUAAAAAAGAAACAAAACCGCUCUGUCCUGGGACGCAUUCCGGAGGCUUUUGUUCGGACGAGCCUCCUAACCCCCGUGAGCACCAAUGUCUUUGGCGGACCAGAGUCAACAGUGGUAUCCCACGAGCGUCCAGGUAACGGUGUUCCAGGCAAGAAACCUGCGGAUCAAGGGUAAGAAUGGCACCAACGACGCGUACGCCAUCAUGCAGGUGGCCAAGGACAAGUUCUCCACUCCGGUGGCCGAGAAGUGCGUCUCGCCCGUGUGGAAGGUAGAGGCCAGCUUCGACCUGCCGCUCUUCCACCACGGCAACGCGGAACGCUGCACCCUGCGCGUCCUCGUCAUGCACCGGGCCUUGGUGGGGCCGGACAAGCUGCUUGGGCAAGCCGUCAUCAACCUCCUGGACCUCAACGAGAACAAAGCUCGCACGAAGACCGAAUGGUUCACGCUGCUGGAUAAGACCGGGAAGAAGGAUAAGGAGAGAGGAGAGGUGCUCCUGGACAUCCAGUUCCUGCGGAACAACAUGACGGCCAGCAUGUUCGACCUCUCGGCGACGGAGAAGCCUCGCUCCCGCAUGGGCAAGCUCAAGGACAAGAUCCGCGGCAAGAAGGACAGCAUCUCCGACUCGGCCUCUGCCAUCGUACCGCCCGUCUCCCAGGCGAUGACGGACAGCGAGGGGGAGGAGGACGGCCAGCCCAGCACCCCGGGAGGCAAGAAGAAGAAGUCCAAGCUGAAGUCGCUGUUCGUCCCCAAGUCCAACCUGCAGCGGAAUGUGUCCCAGUCCAUGUCCACGCUGGGGUCCCUCCCGGAGCAAAACUCCGCCCUCAGCGGCAGCCGCUCCUCCGGCCUGAACAUUCCAGAAGGGAAGAAGAAAUUCAAAUUCCUGACGCACAAGCGGACGGGCAGCUCUGACAGCAAGGUGUCCCACGGCUCCAAGCAGGGCGUGGCGGAGCAGGGCGUGGCCGAGCAGAGCGGCGUCUGCAUUAACGGCAGUCAUAUCUACGCAGAGGGGCCACGGGUGGGGUCCACCCUCAGCUUGCACAGCUCCGACGCGGGCUCCACCGAAGACCUGCACACACUGCCAGAGAGGAGCGAGGAGGAACAGGAGAGAAAGAGGCAGGAGGAGGAACAGGAGAGAAAGAGGCAGGAGAGAAUAAGACAGGAGGAGGAGGAACAGGAAAGAAAGAGGCAGGAGGAGCUUGAGAGAAUGAGGCAGGAGGAACUGGAGAGAAUAAGGAUGGAAGAGGAGGAACAGGAGAGAAAGAGGCAGGAGAGAAUUAGGCAGGAGGAGCUGGAGAGAAUGAGGCAGGAGGAGCUGGAGAGAAUGAGGCAGGAGGAGGAGGAACAGGAGAGAAAGAGGCAGGAGAGAAUGAGGCAGGAGGAGCUGGAGAGAAUGAGGCAGGAGGAGGAGGAACAGGAGAGAAAGAGGCAGGAGGAGCUGGAGAGAAUGAGGCAGGAGGAGGAUGAACAGGAGAGAAAGAGGCAGGAGAGAAUGAGGCAGGAGGAGCUGGAGAGAAUGAGGCAGGAGGAGGAACAGGAGAGAAUGAGGCAGGAGGAGCUGGAGAGAAUGAGGCAGGAGGAGGAGGAACAGGAGAGAAAGAAGCAGGAGAGAAUGAGGCAGGAGGAGCUGGAGAGAAUGAGGCAGGAGGAGCUGGAGAGAAUGAGGCAGCAGGAGGAGGAACAGGAGAGAAAGAGGCAGGAGAGAAUGAGGCAGGAGGAGCUGGAGAGAAUGAGGCAGGAGGAGCUGGAGAGAAUGAGGCAGGAGGAGGAGGAACAGGAGAGAAAGAGGCAGGAGAGAAUGAGGCAGGAGGAGCUGGAGAAAAUGAGGCAGGAGGAGGAGGGACAGGAGAGAAUGAGGCAGGAGGAGGAACAGGAGAGAAUGAGGCAGGAGGAGCUGGAGAAAAUGAGGCAGGAGGAGGAGGGACAGGAGAGAAAGAAGCAGGAGAGAAUGAGGCAGGAGGAGGAACAGGAGAAAAAUAGGCUGGAGGUGGAACAGGAGAGGAAGAGGCAGGAGGAGCUGGAGAAAAUGAGGCAGGAGGAGGAACAGGAGAGAAUGAGGCAGGAGGAGCUGGAGAGAAUGAGGCAGGAGGAGGAACAGGAGAGAAUGAGGCAGGAAGAGCUGGAGAGAAUAAGGAUGGAGGAGGAGGAAAAGGAGAGAAUGAGGCAGGAGGAGGAACAGGAGAGAAAGAGGCAGGAGGAGGAACAGGAGAAAAAGAGGCAGGAGGAGGAACAGGAGAGAAUAAGGAUGGAGGAGGAAGAAGAGGAGAGAAAGAGGCUGGAUAAGGCCAGGAAAGAUGAAGAGUUGAGGCAGCAAGAGGACAUGAAAGAAGAAUCCAUAGCAAGUAACCCUUUCCAGGAGAAUAAUCCCUUUGAGGAGGCCUGUUCCUCCAACCCCUUUGAGGUCAGCAUCUCACAGGGGGUACACAGCCCCCACACCCCUUCUGCAGUCCCCAGCAGUCGCACAGCCAAAGUGUCUGCAGUCAAACCCAGAUUGGUGGUGCCCCCGAAAGCAGUAACCAAUAAAGGAAGUCCUUCUUCCCCAUCUGCUGACUCCUCCCCCCUCCCCCCUUCUCCUCCCUCCCCCUGUAAUUCUUCCCUCACUUUGCAAUCGGGUGUCACCCCUUCUGAUCCACAUGCCUCCCAGGGUCCCGCCAGGACCUCAAAGGAGUCGCUCACAGAGGACUCUGAGAAACUGUCAGUCACAGGUUACCCCGCCUCCCUCGCAGAGAAGAAGCGCCGUGCCCCCCUGCCCCCCGGCCCCUGGGCCACCGCCCAGACCAAAAAACCCCCGCCCACUCCCCGAGCUCAUCCCGCCACGCCCACCCAGACAGACCCGCCCCCUCCGCCACCACAGAGACCCUCAGUGGCCCCCAGGGGUCUGUCCUUUGCGUCGGCCAGAGCUCGGAAAGGUGCAGACGUCAGCGCCGGAGAAUCUCUGCCUCCGCAGGACAGGCUGAAGAGCUCCAGGAAGCAGGGCGGGGAUCGGGGCUCCGCCCGCAACGGGCAGAAGAAGGCUGGGGAUGCCCCCUUGGUGACCCCCAGGCGAAGCGGCUCAGAGAGGGAGACAGCAGACAGCGGGAGUGGGGAGGGGACAGUAGCGAUGUGCACUCCGGAGCCAGCUGCAUACGCUCUGAAAACACCCUUCGAUGAUGACAGCGAAGAGGACAAGGAGCUGAAAGCGAAGGAGGCCAACACAGACGAGGUGAAGGAUGGCGUUUCCCUGGGAGACGGUGUGCCGAGAGACGGCCAGCCGGAGGAGGAGCUAAAGGAGGCGUGCCCGACAGCAGAGCAACCAGGCGAGUCAGAGUCCCUCUCCCAGGACUCAGAGGCUGGCACCGAGCAGACCCUUGGAGGGGACGACCUGUCUCCCGGGGGGCAAAAGAAGGAAGAGAGGGCCAGCGAGGAGGAGACGAGUGCAGACGGCAUGGGGGAACCUCUCGCUUCGACAGAGAAGAGCUCUCCACCCUCGGUCCUGGUCCGAAGUGAGUCACUGAAGACCGUGGUCAGUGAAGGGGAAAGAUCGGUGGACACCUGUCUCUCCGAGGACGGACACAGUCUAAUGGGAGCCUUAAAAAAGAAGAAACGGGCACCCCUGCCCCCGGGGUCGGCUGGCGAGGGCAAAGUGGAGGGGUCCCAGGAUGCCGUUGUCCUGGGGCAGAAUCCCACGCAGGCCAGUGACCCCACAGUGACCCCCCCGCCCCCUAAACCACAGAGGACAACUGUCGGCGGGAAGCGGCGAGCCCCCCAGCCUGUGGGUGUGGCUGUUUCUGGGGGGAGGACCCUGCUGCGAGCUCGGGUGUCACCCUCCGAGGCACAGCCAAUCGCAGGGCAGAGCGGAAGGGCACAGCCAAUCACGGCACACAGCAGCAGCAGCGGAGGCGGAGCAGGAGGGAAAGUGGGCGGGCCAGCCUCGAACCCACGCAGGCCUCACCCGGUGAGACCGUUGGAGAGCCAGCCUGCAGCCAGCGCUACAGUGGGCCGAGACUCCGGCCCUGGGGGUGUUCUGGAGGUCACACCUGGGAAAACAAAGGUGACAGAGGCAGUGGGGCGCGGAGCUGGGGGCGGGCCCUACUCCCAGCUGACCCAACCAGAGCUGGUUUCCCUGGUGAUGAGACAGCAGACCCAACUGUCACACAAGGACAGCAGGAUCCGGGAGCUGGAGGAAUACAUCGACAAUCUCCUGCUGCGCAUCAUUGAGGAGAAGCCCAGCAUCCUGCAGUCUGUGAGCGCCACACUGAAAAAGGCAGUGUAGAGCGCCGCCCUGGAGGAGGGAGGGCGGCAGGGCAGGGGGGUGGGGCAGGGGGGCGUGGCUGUGCAACAUGGUCAGGUCUGCCUCAGUGCACGCCCUCAUUCUUCUGGAACAGGAAGUGUCAUCAUGACCCACUGCACAGAAUCAUGGUGUUCCCUUGAGAAGUAGAGCCCUGCUGCCCCCAUACCCCAAAAUCUAAAAAAAGUAUAUAUUUUUCUUCACACUACUGUUGAUCCAUUCCCAGAGCUCGGGCUAUGAGAGACAGGAGAAAUCAAUACUCUCAUUGGAUGUCAUGUUUUAAAAUGAUAAAAAGAGCUUCCCUCAGCCCCAAAGGUUCACAUAGACAGCUGGAAGUCUUCAUGGUUUACUGCAGCUUGUGAAGACUCACUGCGCCUUCGGCCCACAUCACACCUCUGUAGCACAGCGGACAUCUGCUCUGACAGUGUCCACACAGGCCAGACAUUUGAACAAAAGUUUAGUUUGUCCUGCUGGUACAGGUACAAACUAUACAAAAUUUUAUUGGUGUUGUUUUCAUAAUUUAUAACCUCGCACAAAGCACCCGGGCAAAAGGCAAUGCUAAACUAUUAAUAAAGGAAUAAAUAAUGAAUCAAACCACCUUUAAUCUCCACUGGAAGCAGAGGAAUUUGUAGAUAGUGGUUUGUGUGUGGUGGCUGCUUCAGAGAAAUGCACUUAUACUUUAUGGCUGAAGCACUAGCCUUAACGGUUGUAGGUUCAAGACCAAAGUGGGGUGAUUCUGUAUUUUUCCCUUUGGUACUUUACCUCAGUUAUACCUGUAAAAGUGCAUCUUUAUUCUUGGGUUUCUGAAUGUGUAAGCUGUAAAACCAGUGAGAAAUACAGUGUAAGUGUCCUUGCACAGUAGUGUCUGAAACACAAAUGUAGAACAAUGAUAAUAACUUUUAAGAGAACCAAAGGCUUUAGCACACAGUGUUUUCAGGGCAGAUUAUGCGAAGAAAAGCCAGCUGUUGCCUUAAACUGAAUCAAACCUUUAUGUGCUUCACUGGUAAAUAUUCAAUCUGUUUUCUAAGUCAUUGCUUUGUAAAGAUAAGUAUACAACACUGGUUCAGAGAGAAAUGAUUUGCAUUGUUAUAUACUGCCUACAUGCUAGGUCUUUUACUGUGACUAACUGGUGGAUUAAAUCAUAAUUUUAUUAGUGACGAGAUACCAAAACCUGGCAGGGUGCCAUUAAUGAAGAGUCUGCAUAACACAUGUAUGAAAGUUAUCAGUCGUUGCUGUAAAGUGCUUCAAGAUGAAAAGUGCCUCUCAAAUACCAUUAAUUUCAUACUCGCCAUCAGCCAUCACUCUGUUGGAUGACGUGUGGAUGAGCUCUGUUAUUUAAAGUAUGAC